AUGACUCAUCAGCUGAACACUAAAAUCUUUUACCUUAAACACGACGUACAGAAACAGUUUCACCUGAAGACCACGAACACACCCACGUUUGUUUCUUCUCUUAAAGGUCAACAGAAGAGCUGCAAACCUGAAAAGGCUGAUUCUGUUGAACCUGUGAAACCCAAACAGAGGAAGUCACAGAAGCAAGAUUUGUCCCAGAAACCAGCUGGAUCCACCAAAACCUCCACGGCUGAUCCUGUUGAACCUGUGAAGCUCAAACAGAAAAAGACACAGAAGCAAGAUUCUUCCCAGAAUCCAGCUGGAUCCACCAAAACCUCCACGGUCACAGAAGACUGCCUCUGUUCUGAACAGGAUCUCUGUCAACACUUUAAAAUCCUCCAGUUUGAAGCUGAUCCUGUUGAACCUGUGAAACCGAAACAGAGGAAGUCACAGAAGCAAGAUUUGUCCCAGAAACCAGCUGGAUCCACCAAAACCUCCACGGCUGAUCCUAUUGAAUCUGAUCCUGUUGAACCUGUGAAGCCCAAACAGAGGAAGACACGGAAGCAAGAUUUGUCCCAGAAACCAGCUGGAUCCACCAAAACCUCCACGGCUGAUCCCGUUGAACCUGUGAAACCCAAACAGACAAAGUCACAGAAGCAAGAUUUGUCCCAGAAACCAGCUGGAUCCACCAAAACCUCCACGGUUCAAAGUGCUGGCAGCCAGAGUGAGAGAAUUGAAAUUGAAGGAAUUGCAAAAGCCACAAAGACGGAGACUCACCUGGACGCAGUCUUCAGAGACGAGAUGCAGAGGUGUGUUGUGGCUUCUCGACUUCUGGCAAAGGCUUUUGGCUUCGACCUGGAUGGUGAUAUAGAAAAAAAACUCCUUGACAUCAUUCCAGUGUCAGCAGACGCAGUAAUACAAGGAGGGAAAAUUAAAAAACUCACAGCCGCUCCAGUCAAAUAAUUAAUGAUGCUAAUAAUGUAACUUCUUUAUACUUUUUAAUAUGUUCACUUUUUAAAGAAUUGAUCCGUCAUCAUGAAAAAUGUCGGACUUGAUUGUUCUGUUUGUCUUUGUGCUGUUUUAUCGAGCUUGUCGUGUGACUGAAAACAGUUUUUAAUUAAAGUGAAGCAGAAGCUCCAUAAAGUUGAGCUACAAGUGAAGGUUGUUGUUAAAUCUACAGAAACACGUGGUUAUAACAACCAGUUCAAACACAUUUGUUCAAUUAACACUCAAAAAUAAAAAGCAUUUAAAACUUUGACAUCUCGUCCUGUGAUAAGAACUUUAGUACGGAUCUUUGUCGCCCCCUCGUGUUUUAUAUAAAUAAUGUUUUUUUCCUAUCUUUGUUUUUUUUUGUAAAUGUUUCCUGCAGUUCAGAGUUCUGCGUUGUGUCUUGAUGUAUCUGAUAUUAUCCAUAACUUGACCUUUGACCUGUAUGAAUGAUUUACAGAUUGAACCUCAUGUGGUUCUUCAGACAGUACAGGAGACUCUAGUACAUUUACAUCUUUGUCCAAAGUGACUUACAGUAAUUC